CACACACACAUACACAUACACAAGGAUCAGCUCCGUUCCUCGGUUCGCGAGUAACCGGGCAGGAGGAGGCGAGCGCGAUCAGACCUCCAGGUGUGUGUAGAUGUAUGUGUGUGUUCCAGUCACACCUGGAUGCGUCAUGUGAUCAGCUACCUGGGCGUGGAGCUAGCGUUCAGUGUGUUAUUCGGUAACGGGAAUCCCGGAACCACAGAUCGCUGUCUCUCCGCGUGUGAGUGACAUGUGAACUUUCCGUGCACCGGGAAUCUAUUUCUCACAAUCUAAAGGGAAUCCGUAGUCUGGACGCUGCAACUACUGCCAAGACGCAGAAGUACGUGUUUGCUGUACUGGGAUUACAUGCCAUCAGUCAUAGCAACAUUUCGACAGGCUGCCAGCGACGUCCGCUGCCACCUGCCACCAAGUUAAAACUUCCAAAUCCCUCUAAAGAAAAGCGCUUUCCCACUCAUCUUCUUCUGGGACGACAGACUGCAAGGAAGACAAGACAAGAGAACGGGACCAGAAAACAACACAAGCCGGACUCAAAUUGACCACGCCACAUCUCCACCUGAGCUCUAUAUUAAUGCGCCAAGUUGCUUCAACCCUUUACAACACCGCAAACAACCUGCAGUGUCGUGGAGGUUGAACAGACAGACACCUCACUCUUAUGUCAAGCAUCAAUUAAAGCAAUUUUCGCCUUGGAACAAUGGCCACCUGGUUUCCAGCGGUCCUACUGGUGCUACAAGUAACCGCUGCAUCCACCGAAGAGCCCAUACUUGAGUUUUCCACAGACACGCCCAUCAAUAACGUGGUACAGGACCCCCAGACCGGCCGUGUUUACCUGGGUGCUGUCAAUGCCAUUUAUCAGUUGAACUCUUCAUUGUACCUUGAGGCCAGAGCUGAAACAGGGCCCAAGAAAGAUGCGAGGGGUUGCACCCCUCCUGUGUCUACCUGCCAGGACCUGAAAGACACCAACAACACCAAUAAACUCUUGCUGGUUCAUUCAGCUAACGGGUCGCUGAUAGUCUGUGGAAGCUUGUACCGAGGAAUCUGCUCUCUGCUGAACCUCACCAACGUCAAAGAGCAGAUAUACUACAGCGACAGUAAAGGUGAGCGGACCUAUGCCGCCAGCACCGAAGAACAUGUUUCCGUGGUAGGAGUAAUGGCCACGCUUGAGAUCGAAGGUAAACUGUUCAGCGUCUUUUUAGUCGGGAAGGGCUACGGAAGCAUGGACAGCUCAAAACUUAUUAGCACCAGAAUCGUGCAGAACUACCGCGACUGGGUCGUGUUCGAGAGCAUCAUUGAGGCGUCUACAGUCCAGGCGGUUCCCUUCGUGCCCAAGUACCUGCACGACUUCCGCUUCGCCUUCAAAAACGACAACUUCGUCUACUUCCUCUUUUCACGGACUCUCGGCGGAACGGACAACAAGAAUUUUACUUUCGUUUCGCGACUCUGUGAGAAUGACAAUCACUAUUAUUCGUACACGGAGCUUCAGUUUAGUUGCGGCGUGAAAAAUCGCUACAAUAAAGUCCAGGCCGCUUAUUUGACAGAGCCGGGGAAAGUGCUGGCCCAAGCCAUGUCUGACACCGGAGAGUACGGGAAUGUUCGGGAGUGGGAUAAAGUCCUGUUUGUGGUGGCUAGCUCAGAGGAAGGGGCCACUGAAUCAGCUCUGUGUAUGUAUCCCCUUAAAAACAUCAACCAGAAACUCUCGGCCAUCGUUACUGCUUGCUACACGGACAACGGCAAGAUUGACGACAGAUUGGUUGUGGAGAGUCCCUACACGUCCAGUAAGGAUGAUCCAUGUGUCAAACACGAUAAAGAGAUUGUGAACCAGCACAAGUGCGGAGCGGAUUUUCUCCCAUCUCCGUUGGCCAGUCGACAGGAGUUUGCCUUGAAGGCCAAUCCUGUCUUCAUCAGGCAGAACCUGCUGACCGCAGUGGCUGUGGCUGUCGAGAAUGAUCACACCAUUGCUUUUCUGGGACACAAUGCUGGAGAGGUGAUCAAGGUACAUUUGUCAUCGAGCCAGGGAGAGGCGUACAACCCCGGUCCGGGCUACAAAACCAGCGGCUACGUAAAUAAGAACCUUUUCUUUGACAAAACCCAGGCGCACUUGUACAUCACCACAGAGAAAAAGAUCACAAAGGUGCCCGUUCAGGCCUGCCAUCUGAAGACAGACUGCCAGUCGUGUGUCGCUCAGAGAGAUCCCUACUGUGGGUGGUGUGUCCUGGAGGGAAGAUGCACCAGGAGAUCGGAGUGCAGCCGCGCGGAGGACAAGAACGGUUGGCUGUGGAGUCCGACCCAACAGUGUGUGAAAAUCAUCUCUUUCCACCCGCCGAAUCUCAGCUGCUUGAAGUCCCAGCAGGUUGAGAUAAGCAUGCGAGUGCUGCCGACCCUCAGAGAUUCAGACCGUAUCCACUGCGCCUUCGGCUCUUAUCAGAGCAACGCCAGGAGGGUGGACGGCCGGAUCAGUUGCCGCUUACCUGAACAGCAUCUUAUUCCGUCGACACGUGCGCAACAAGAUUUCGUUUCAGUUCCGGUCCACAUCUUUGUGAACGGUAGCGUUGAGGUGGUGUCCAGCGAGUACAAGUUCUACAACUGCGCAGCGGCAGUCCGGAAAGCAGAAAAUACACCAUGCACUUCCUGUGUGAGCAGCGCUUGGGGAUGUCAGUGGAACAUUGCGGCGCACGCUUGCACGGAUCUGAGCGAUGCAGAAACCGGCGCCAAUAUAAUCAAACACCGACAGAACAAGAGCUGUCCGCGCUUCGAGAAUCCGGAUCCCAUCCUCAUUCCGGUCGGAUACAAAACCCGGAUCAGUUUUGAGGGCAUUAAUCUGGACCCGUACAAGGGCCGUGAUUUCACCAUCGGAACAGAGCUGAUGAAGUCUGAGGAAGAUGUCAAGACGGAUCCGGGACCCUUCUACUCUUUCAGCGGUUAUGUGUUUUCCUUUGAUAAAGCUCAUGAGACCAACGUUCUGUUCCACGUCAGAGACAAAUACACCGGAAAGAAGAUCGACAGCAGUCUUAGCGUCACUUUGUAUAACUGCUCUCUGGGACGUGAAGACUGCAGCUUGUGUAAGAACGCCGACCCCAAAUACCAGUGUGUGUGGUGCACGCAGAGCAGCUCGUGUGUGUACGAACAGCUCUGUGCCGUUAAAGAGCCGGUGGAGUGUCCCGACCCCCAGAUCACUGACAUCACGCCGAGAUUCGGCCCACUGAAAGGAGGAAUAGCUGUGACUAUUAAGGGCUCGAACCUGGGCAUUCAGAAGGAUGACAUUAAAAACAUCACAGUGGCUGGAGUGCCAUGCAAACACCUGCGGGAACGAUACUCCGUCUCAACCAGUGUGGUGUGUGAAAUCGGCCCGGCGCAACUGUACAAAACCGGAGAGGUGGAAAUCGAGGUGGGCAGAGGAAAGAAAGGCAUAUCCACAAAAACUGUCCGCUUCACCUACAGGGAUCCUGUAGCAAAGAGCGUGUCUCCUGUUCGAGGUCCGAAAGCAGGAGGAACCGUCCUCACUAUCACUGGGACGCACCUGAACACGGCUUCAAAAGAAGACCUUCAGAUCAUGGUGGGCGACGUGCCCUGCAGAGUUGAGAGCUUUGGAGAGCAGAUCACCUGUAAACUGUCAGAGUACGUUGGCGAUACGGUUCCAUCGCCUCACCUCAACAUCAAAGUUCAGUACGGCAAACUUACCGAAACCUCCAUCGGUACGGCCUUUCAGUUCUCCAACAACCCGUCUGUGUCCGACCAUCAACCCAGGAGCAGCUUCAUCUGUGGUGGCAGAAAAAUCGUGGUGGUGGGUUCUGGAUUUGGCCUGGUCCAGAAGGCUUCCAUCAAGGUUGUGGCGUCAGCUGGAGAAUGGUCCAGACAGACCGUCCCGGAGGAGUUUGUAGAGCGAGCCAAGGAAAAAAACGACACCGUGAUCACGUUUGUGUCACCUGCGGUCAACGAGUCUCAGUUCUUCAAGACGUACGUGCAGCUCGAUGACCUCCAGACGGAGCUGACGCCGUUCGAGUAUCACCCCAACCCCACGUUCGAUCGCCUCAGCAAGACUGUUAUCACUGAGAACAGCAUGAUCAUUGUGACUGGUCGUGGUUUUUCUAAAGCGAUGACGGCGAAGGAGGCGCAGGCGUUUGUGGGAGAUGCCCCGUGUAACGUGAACACAUUACAGGAUGAUAAAUUAUUCCUGGACCCACCCUCAACCACACCCAGUGCUCGAUCCAAGAGACAGAGGAGAGACACCGGCUCUGAUCCGCUGGACCUGGUGAUUAAGUUUGGCAACGGCGAGUGGUUGGUCGGCUCUGUUCGCUACGAGAGGAAGUACAGUCUCCCGCUGCCCAUCAUCAUCCCAGCGGUGGUCGUUCCCAUGCUGCUGAUUAUCGCUAUCUCUGUCGUCUGCUACAGGAGGAAGAGCCAGCAGGCAGAGCGAGAGUACGAGAAAGUGAAGCAUCAGCUGGAGAAUCUGGAGGAGAGUGUUCGCGACCGCUGCAAAAAAGAGUUCACAGAUCUGAUGAUCGAAAUGGAGGACCACACUAACGACAUCAGCGAGGGCCGGAUCCCGUUCCUGGACUACAAGACCUACACGGACCGCGUCUUCUUCCUGCCCUCGAAGGACGGCGCCAACGACGUCAUGAUCACCGGAAAGCUAGAUAUCCCAGAAUCCCGCAGGGCUACGGUCAACCAGGCGCUGAACCAAUUCUCCAACCUGCUCAACAGCAAAACUUUCCUCAUCAAUUUUAUCAGAACGCUGGAGGGCCGGCCGGAUUUUAACGCCAGGGCCAAAGUGUAUUUCGCCUCUCUGCUGACCGUAGCGCUUCACGGCAAACUGGAGUAUUACACAGACAUCAUGAGGACGCUUCUGCUCGGGCUCAUGGAGGAUUACGUUCACAGCAAGAACCCUAAACUGCUGCUUCGCAGGUCUGAAACGGUGGUGGAAAGGAUGCUGAGUAACUGGAUGUCCAUCUGUCUCUAUCAGUACCUGAAGGACAGCGCCGGAGAGCCGCUCUACAAACUCUUCAGGGCCAUAAAGCACCAGAUUGAAAAGGGACCGGUGGACGCACAAGUCAAGAAAGCCAAAUACACGCUCAACGACACCGGUCUUCUCGGAGAUGACGUGGAGUACAUUGUGCUGACGCUGCAGGUGUUGGUUCACGGCGAGGGGCCUGACAUCACCCCCGUGAAGGUGCUGAACUGCGACACCAUCUCUCAGGUGAAGGAGAAGAUCAUCGAGCAGGUGUACAAAAACCUGCCGUACUCUCAGAGACCCAAAGUAGAAAGCGUCACCCUCGAAUGGCGGCCCGGCUCCACAGGACAGAUCCUGUCAGAUUUAGACGUGACGUCACAGAAGGAGGGCCGGUGGAGACGCAUCAAUACGUUGGCGCAUUAUAACGUUCGUGAUAAUGCAACGGUGAUCCUUUCCAGAGUUCAGCACACACAACAGUCGUACGAUCAAAAUCACGAUAACCAUGAAGAGAGAAACGCCUUGCUGGAGGAUGAUAAAGUUUUUCACCUGGUGCGACCGGCCGACGAGCUGGAUGAGAUGAAAUCUAAGAGAGGCAGUAUAAAGGACAAAUCCAUGACCAAAGCCAUCACAGAGAUAUAUCUCACCCGACUGCUCUCCGUCAAGGGUACGCUGCAGCAGUUCGUGGAUGAUUUCUUUCGCAGUGUGCUCUGCUCUGGUGCCGCCGUCCCGCCGGCAGUCAAAUACUUUUUCGACUUCCUGGAUGAGCAAGCCCUCAGACAUGAGAACGUAGACGAGGAAACCAUACACAUCUGGAAGACCAACAGUUUGCCGCUUCGUUUCUGGGUAAACAUUCUGAAGAACCCUCACUUCAUUUUUGACGUGCACGUGAGCGAGGUCGUGGACGCCUCUCUGUCUGUCAUAGCUCAGACCUUCAUGGACGCCUGCACAAAAACAGAGCACAAACUCAGUCGGGAUUCUCCCAGCAACAAAUUACUCUAUGCAAAGGAGAUCUCCACCUACAAAAGGAUGGUAGACGAGUACUAUAAAGGAAUCCGGCAGAUGGUGUCAGUCAGUGACCAGGAAAUGAACACGCAUCUGGCUGAAGUGUCACGGGCACACACAGAUAAACUGAACACACAAGUGGCUCUUCAUCAGCUCUACCGGUACGCCAGCAAAUACUACGAUGGGAUCAUCAUGUCUCUGGAUGAAGAUCCUGCUGCCCAGAGUAAACAGUUAACGCUGAGACUCCAGCAGAUCGCCGCAGCGCUGGAAAACAAAGUGACCGACCUCUAACCCUGUCAAAGAACAAUGACCGAACGCUCUCAGCCUGUAUUUAGCUCAUCACUAUAAUCAGAUGUUCAAUUUCUUCCUGUGUAGAGACAAAAAGGUUUUAAGAAUCGUAUCCUAUAUUUUUUUUAAUGUGCAGUCUUUAUGCAGAAAGCUUUAUAAGAGGAAAAUAACUUUUUAAAUAGACGGCCUUGUGUCUGUUGUUUUUAAAGCUUCUGUGUGUGUGCGAGAGAGUGUGUGAGUGUGUGUGAAAAAGGAUGCCUGUAUUUUGACCAAAAGGGAGCUGCCCAUGACCCUGCAGUGCGUGUGUAUGCAGGGGGUGUGCCUAUGGUGAGGUCACAUCUGGUCUCGUCCAAUCAAAAGCAGCUGAAGGUGACAGCAGGAAUUGCGUGGGAUGUGUUCGGAAUGGCAUACUAGCAUACUACCUAUACUAUUUCCCCAUACGUUUUCACAUACAAAUCCAUGCUGAAAUUUCGCAAAUGAGACCACACUUUAACAAGAGUGCACUGCACUAAGUAUCCCACAAUGCCCUGCACUCAUUUGACCUUCCAUUUCCAGUUGAUCAAAUAUCAGCUACAUUAUUAACAUCUCCAUUUUAACUCCAAAGUUGAGACAUUUCUACACAAAAUAGUGUGUACUGCAGUAUGCUAGUGUGUUAUUCCAAACGUAUCCAUUUAGACGAUCAAAUGGCCGUCCAUUUCAUAACCACCUGUUUCAGUUCAGCCAUACGGACACUAGUUGAUCCACAGAUAAUCAACACAGGCAAUAAUAAAUAAGUUGUCAUGAGGCAUUUCUUUUUUACGUAUGAUGGUAUCUGUGAAAAGUCUUUAUUUCAGAGUUUAUUUCAGAAAAUUGUUUUAUUGUACAAGCUUCGCUACUGACUGAAUUUAUUACACAUAAAGCACAAACAGGACAGAUUUUUGGCCGCUCCUGAUAUAAACGUGUCGAAACAGGAUCUAUGCGAGAGUAUAAACGUUUUAGCUACGCAAACUCGAUUUCAACUUGCAUAGACUGUGUUUCUGGCCUGAGAUGGUUGUGCAAAGCUGAGAGGAUUGAGUGAAAACUUCUCGUUUGACUCUUUGCAGCUCUAUUGGAAAGGGUUUAGAUGUGUGAUCUGGAUCGUUAAUGGCUUUAUUUUGGCAGGGAGGAUAAUGACACACUAAUUUGUUUGUUAUUCGCCACUAAACAAGAUGGUACUAUAGCACUCAGCCAAAAUUCUGCUCCCAGAGACACUUUUAUCUUUGAACAACACCUUUUUUUUCACAGCUAUGUGACAUUUGCAUUUGAUUGAGUGUCUUAAAGACAACAAGAAAAGGCUUGAAGCUUUUUGCCUUGCGUUACAGGCUAAAAAAAAUCAAACUGAUAAUGUUGGAGCAGGUGGGUAUAAUUCAGAGAAAAGUAUUGUGGACAUAGGACAUUUCAUGCAUAUACACUACCAUUUAAAAGUUUGGGGUUUGCAAGUCUCUUAAGCUCAUGAAGGCUGCAUAAAAUCUAUGAUAUAUUAUUCCAGUUUAAAAUAACUGUUUUCUAUUUGAAUAUAUUUUAAACUGAAAUUUAUUUCUGUGAUGCAAAGCUGAAUUUUCAGCAUCAGUACUCUUCAGUGUCACAUGAUCCUUUAUCAUUCAGAUAUGAUUUGGUGCUGAAGAAACAUUUCUCAAGAACAGCAUUUUGUAACAUUAUAAAUGUUUUACUGUCACUUUCGAUCAGUUGAAUGCAUCCUUGCUGAAUAAAAGUAUUAAUUUCUUAGCCCGCUCACUUCAGACCUUUGAAUGGUAAUGCAUAUGUUAAAACCAAGCAAUAAGGUACCAGUACAUUGUCAAGGCUGAAGGGUUUUGUGGAGUUACAAAGCAUGGCCACAAUUAAAACUGUUCUACAUAAUAGAAAAUAUUUCAUACUUUUCAUCAGCCCUCUGCCAGAAAAUAUAGUCCCUGAUAUUUAAACUAAUUUAUUUUGUCAGCAUUUAGGAGUUUUAAAGCUAACAGACACGUCAUAAAAACCACUAAAUUCCUAUUUUACUUUCACCGGGUCUUUAACAGGUUUUCUGUGAAUGUAGCCCAUUGAACUCAAGUGUUUAGCGGUUCAGGGAGUUUCACGGUGUUCCCUAUGGAAGUGGUCUGAUGUCGCUGCAUGUUACUGAUCUGAGAGCAGCGGUAUUACGGUAGCAGAUGGCUUGCGAUGUCAGACGUUGAGACCCCUCCGUUUCUAUCGGGGAGUUGGGCAGAGCUGCUUGGCGUGAAGCGCUUUGGCACGGGCCGGCCUUCCCUCUCUCUCUUCCCGUCUGCUUUAAUACAACCAGCGGGAGCUGCGUUUGAUCGGUAACUGCAUGCGUGAUUCUUACUCCAUGCUUUCGAAACUACCCUUGCCAAUUACUCUUUGAUUUUGAAGAGAUAGUUCACUUAAAAAUAAACUUGUAAACAUGAUUUACUCACUCUUAUGCUGUUCCAAAUGUCGUACACAAAAGAAUAGGGCUGGGUUGAAAUUUGAUUCCUCGAUUGUAUUCGAUUCUCAUUUUGAUGAGCUGAUAUUGAUUCUUAAAUCCCAAGAAUCAAUGUUGAUGCUUGAACAAAACUAAACAUUAUUUGAUUACUCGUAGCGCCGCUUAUGUCUAAAAAUCGCAAUUGUGCUUCGUUACUUUUGAUAUAAAAUAACGUCCUGGCUUUUAAAUUCUGAAUGUUUCUUUACGGAAUUCAAACAAUAAAUACCGUUUUGGCGCUCUUUAGCGUGACGUGAUGUAUCGCUGUGGCGCCUCAGUUCAAACGGCUGCACGAAGCGCGAAAAAACGAAAUUAACGAACGAACUUAAAGGUAUGUUAAAACAUAUAUAGUACAACGUACUAAAACGUAUCAUGUUUCUCAUGUAAUUGUUCAAUCUGCGUUUUAAACACGGAAAGACGUCAAUAAAACAGCUUGUAAACAAUAUGUCACGUAACGUACAUUUACCUCAGGAAAGCCAUUCAAUAUGAACUCGACAGUUAUGUGGAAAAAAUAACUCUAAUAUGUGCUACAUGUUCAUUUUAUUUUUACUUGACCCGAUUUAAUGUACCUUUGAAAAAAUCCGUCAUGAAAAUAAGCUUAAUGACAGACACCGUUUAAAUGUUUGUAUUUCAAAAACGAAUUGGAAUGGAAAGAUAAUUAUGUAAAUAUCAUAAAACUGCCUGAUGUGAAAUUUACAUUUUUGUCAAUUUUAAUAUUAUACUAAUGAACCUAUAGUUUCCUCUACAGCAUUAGAAAUACAUUUUUUCAUUGAGAAAAGUUGACACAUACUGAUAUACAGUAUACAGUACCAGUCAAAAGUUUUUUUGAACAGUAAGAUUUUUAAUGUUUUUUAAAAAGUCUCUUCUGCUCACCAAGCCUGCAUUUAUUUGAUCCAAAGUACAGCAAAAACAGUAAAAUUCUGAAAUAUUUUUACUAUUUAAAAUAUCUGUUUUCUAUUAGAACGUAUUUUAAAAUGUCAUUUAUUCCAGUGAUUUCAACGCUGAAUUUUAGCAUCAUUACUCCAGUCACAUGAUCCUUCAGAAAUCAUUCUAAUAUUCUGAUUUGCUGCUCAAAAAACAUGUUUUAUUUUCGUUAAAAACAGCUAAGUAAAAAAAAAUAUAUAUACUCCAAACCUUUGAAUGGUAUAGUGUAUAAUGUUACAAAAGCUUUUAAUUUCAGAUAAAUGCUGAUCUUUGGAUCUUUCUAUUCAUCAAAGAAUGCUGAAAAAAAUGACUAAACUGUUUUAAAUAUUGAUAAUAAUAAUAAAAAGGUUUUUAGAACAGCAAGUCAGCAUAUUAGAAUGAUUUCUGAAGGAUCAUGUGACACUGAAGACUGGAGUAAUGAUGCUGAAAAUUUAGCUUUGAUCACAGGAAUAAAUUACAUUUAAAAAUAUAUUCAAAUAUAAAGUGGUUAUUUUAAACAGGCAAAAUAUUUUACAAAAUUGUAAAUACUGCUUUUGCUGUAUUUUGGGUCGAAUAAAUGCAGGCUUGGUGAGCAGAAGAGGCUUCUUUAAAAAUCUUACUGUUCAAAAACUUUUGACUGGUAGUGUAUCAAAAAGAAUCAAACCUAGAUCAGAACUGAAUUUAAGUGCUAGCUUGUGAAUCGAAUAGAAUUGUGAAAUGUAUCAAUGCCCAGUCCUAAAAAAAGAAGAAUUUUUUGAAGAAUCUUCACACGUUUCCUGCCAUAAAUGACAAAAGUGUCAUAUAAACGAUUCCUAAAAUUCCUACCUUUGUGUUCCACAGGAAAAAUAAAAGCAUACAGGUUUGGAACGACAGGAUGGUGAGUAAAUAAUUUUCAUUUUUAGGACGAACUGUCCCUUUAAAGCACAAGCACAGAUGCAAGUCUCCGUAGUCGAGUGUAAAACGCUUCUUUUAACGCCUUUCUGUAGCCAAAACGUGCCUUAAAAAGUGUUAAAUGUGAUGGUACGUGUUGAAGCUGUCGGGGUGGGUGGGCUUUCGGUAGUCGCGGGGCGUGUAGAGGUCAGAGGUCGUGGCGUACGUGAAGUGUGGUGUUAGACAUCAGUAAGUGCAGUAUUCAGAGGUGUGCUGUAGCCAGAAUAUGCCAAUAUAUUUGAACAUGCUGUAUGUAUAGAGCAAAAGCGCCGUUUUUAAUAUCCUUUGGGUGUUUGUGGUGAGUGUGUGCGUGUGCUUUUUAGGAGUUUUACUGCAUUGGGAAAAAUGCUCGAGCUGAAUAAAUGUGUGGAGGAGAAUGCCAACACGUUCCCUCUGGACAGCUGCCAUUACGUUUGGUCUUUAUGCAAAACCAAUUAUUGAUUAGCACAAAUGUUUUUAUUAUUGUACCGACCCGAAAAUUGUGUUUCAAUGGUGUGUAUGAACAAACAAUCUGUACACGACCUUUUCUUACUGCUGUGCAGUUAAUAUUUUAUGUCCUAAAGAAAAUAUAUGCCUUUGUAUUAAAAUGCAAAUCUGUCUACACUGUUCUCCUGUGCGUUAUGCUCUGAGAAAACUUGUUUGUUGUUGUCGACAUGUUUUUCUUUUCCCUUCACUUGUGAAUGUGCCGAGAGCAAAGUGUUGUGGGAUUGCGGAGGACUGCGAGUGCUCUUUCUGGACUCUCGGAGGACUGAUGUCGUAUGUGUGAACUGUGCCGCCACAGGUCCAACAUGCCGUCUGAUCCUUAUAUGAAUAAAUAUACACGUCCAUUUCUCAA